UCGCCGUCGGCAGUUUGAAUCAACUUUAUUCAUAGCGGGCUUUGACAAUUUGUUAAACAUGGGUGCACGGGUUACGCGUGUGUUCAGGAAUUACAACUUGGAAAACCGAGUGCACCGAGAACUUUCCAAGGACAAGCCGCGAGCGGCGCCCCGGCACUCGGUCAAUCUUCCACCGACAGCCUCCAGCUCGCAGGAAGUGGAUUCGUUGAACCAGAAGAACGCGCCGCUGCUGGACCACCUCAGGUCCGUGUACGUGGAGUCCAGAGAUCCAGCACCGGCUGCAGCAGAGGUAUCGAAGGACGUGAUGGCGGGGAGAGAACAGCGACGACUUCUUAAGUUCAGUGUCCCAGCAUCUCCGUUGGGCCUGGUGGAGCUCACAGAUGUUCCCAUUGGUAAACUGACCAUUGCUGAGGCUCUGAAGGCUAUGGGCAGCCACCAGCACCAGCCUCAGACGUGGAGUCCCGAAAAGAUCGCACAAGAGUAUUCUCUGGACUUGAAAGAAACAAAAGCUCUUUUAGAUUUCUUUGUCCCCUUCAAGGUUGAGAUCAUACCACCCAAGACUAAAAAAGCCAAGCAGAUAAAGGCUUCGUAGGACUAGAGUCUCUGACAUCUCUGUGGAAAAGUACAGCGUAUUUAAUUUAUUUAUGCUUUUCAGUGUUUGUCACUGCAAGAAUGAGCUGAUUGAAAGCUUGGACAUUACAUAUUGCUGACAUGGAGAUGAGAUCAUAGGAAAUUUCAUGGGACAUACUGCAAGAUACAAAACACCCCUACAAUAAACAUGAGAAUAAUUCUAGAUAUUUACUCUUCUUUGCAAUCCUAUUGGUUAGUUAUCUGAUGAAAAUAAAACAAUCUAAAACUGGGUGAUGUCAUUAUGCAGGUGGAUACAUCAAACGGAGUCAUUCAUUAGUUUGGAAAGUACAUUUACUAGAUUUUCUUCAUAGAGUGACAUUCAGAUGGACAGGCUCAUAUUUGAGUUACAUGAGAGUCAGGAUGUGAUUAGCCUAGUUUAGCAUAAAGACAGUAAGCAAAUAGAAAAGGCUAGCACAGUUAGCACUGGGAUUCCCAUAACUUGCAUAACUAUAAGUCCCCUGGGCAUCUCAGUCAGGAAACCUGAUCCAAAGAUACAAUUAACAGGAGGAACUUCUCUAAUUAGCUACACUAGCAUCACUUCCUGUGACCUGGGGGGUGCACCAAAAACCCAGCUUGAUGU